AUGGAUGUGGAGCCAUGGGCUAUAUCCUUCCGCUUUCUAAGAGACACUACAAAUGAUUUCUCUGAAGAGCGAGUGAUUGGCCAAGGUGGAUAUGGCAUUGUUUACAAGGGGGUCGAUAGGGAUGGACCGGUCAUUGCUGUGAGGAAGCUCUAUCCCAUAAGAGAAAUUGAUGAUGAGCAGCUCCAGAAGGAGUUUACGGGCCUCAAGAUGCUCAAUCAUCCAAAUAUUGUACGAUUACUUGGCUACUGCUAUGAACAAGAACAAUUUCUUAUACCGUACAAAGAAAAAAAAAUAUUUGCUCCUCGAAAAAUUAGGUUGUUGUGCUUCGAGUACAUGAAAAAUGGAUCCCUUGAUCAGUACAUCAAAGAUGCUAGUUCUGGACUCAGUUGGCACGGACGGUACCAGAUAAUCAAGGGCAUAAGCGAAGGGUUAAGAUACCUCCACGAGGGAUCGAAGACUCCUAUUAUCCACAUGAAUCUAAAGCCUAGCAAUAUUUUGCUGGAUCAUAACAUGACACCGAAGAUAGCUGAUUUUGGUCUGCGAAGGCUCGUUGGAGAAGGAAACGCCAGAUGUAUCGGAACAAUUGGAUACAUGUCGCCGGAAUUCAUUGAAAGACAAGUAAUCUCGCAUAAGUGUGACAUAUAUAGCCUUGGUGUUAUAAUCAUAAAGCUGAUAACAGGGGAGAGAUUAUAUUCGGGGCAUUUUGAUAUGUCUUCAGAUAGGUUUAUCGAGCUGGCGCAUGAAGAAUGGAGGGAGAGGCUACAGAAAACUUUGAAUGGUAUGUCAGUUGAAGGAUAUUCCCAGCAAAUUAAGAAAUGCUUGGAGAUAGCACUGAAAUGCGUGGAGUUAGACAGACACGAGAGGCCCUCCAUCGGAGAUAUCAUAGAUAGGCUGAACGAAACUGAAACCUUGAUUCCAGAAGAAGUUCGAGCAGUACAUAACCGGAUUGAUUCAACACACUCUGAGCUGCUUGAAGUCCACCCACAAGAGCUCUACUUCCCAUUCAUGUUGAAAGGAAGAUACGAGGCCAUGAGCUCCUGCUCGCUGCAGCUAAAGAACAGAGGAGACAACCGCGUGGCAUUCAUGCUUGUAGCCAGCAACCCCGAUAGAUACUUGACGAAGAUACCGCUCUGCGGCAUUGUGCCUCCAAGGUGCGUCUACACUCUCAGUCUCACAAUGCUCCAGCAGACAGCAUCAACAUCAUCAUCGGACAGCAGCGACUUCUUCACACUGUACACCACCGCAGUGGGACAACACGACCUCCUAGAUGUUCCCAAAGAUGUUGUCUCCGUUGAGUAUGACUACUUCUUUAAGAAAGCCCAAAAGAUGCCCGGUGCCAGAGAUAAGGUGCAAGUGGCGACGUUGAAGGUCAUCUGUGAUCGACCAGCCACCAAAUCUGCAGGGAGAUCACCUUCGCCCGAGGUCAUAAUCAGGUCGGAUGCUCAGCAAGUUUCAUCCAUAGAUGUGCAUCCAACGGAACCAUGGAUUAUGGCAACGAAUCGCUUGGGAAACCUUUGUGUUUGGAACUACAAUACAAUGGCACCGUUGAACUCAAUUGGAGACAUCACAGAUGAACCAGUUCAUAUGGCAAAAUAUAUCGCACGGAAAAAGUGGCUCGUGGCGGGUGAUGGCAACGGGGGCAUCCACGUGUACAACUACGACAAGAACCAACACGUCAAGAGCUUCGAGGCUCAUGAAAGUUGCAUCACAACUUUGGCCGUCCAUCGGGCACGUCCUCUUAUCUUGUCUUCGUCUUCUGAGGACAAUGAUCACCUGAUCAAGCUUUGGGAUUGGGACAAAGAGUGGAAAUGUACUCGAACAUUUCAGGGCCACACUGAGAGGGUAACACAAGCAACGUUUAACCCACAAGACAACGACAGUUUCGCUAGCGCUUCUUGGGAUGGCACGGUCAAGAUAUGGAGUAUUUGUUCUGAUGACGCCAACAUCAUCACACUGAAAUUGGAUGGGAAUGUAACCGAAGGCCUGCUUUGUGUUCAUUAUUUCACCCGUUUUAAUGGACAACAUCUGAUCGUGGGUUGUGAGGACAAGACAACACAGAUAUGGGAAUUGGGGAUGAAAGAAUGUGUUCAUAAGCUAAAAGGGAAUACAGACCAUAUUAGUGCCGCCAAAUGGCACCAAGGACUUGCGCUUUUAAUCACAGGUUCACUUGACGGAACCGUAAACUUGUGGAGCUCCAUUACCUAUAAGCUUGAGAACGUGAUCGAUUUCAACCUUGGUGCAGUUUAUGCUCUCGGAUGUAUAGAAGACUCAAGAAGGAUCGUGGUCGGAUGUCACCAAGGGAUAGCAAUAAUGGAUAUUUGGCACCAAUACAAGACAAACGGGAAAGGUAGAAAAUAUUGA